AUGGACAGAAUCAGUGGGUUAUCUGAUGAAUUGCUAGUGAUAAUAUUGUCAUUUCUUCCAACAAAAAUGGCUGUGUCCACGAGCAUUCUAUCGAAACGAUGGGAGCAUCUUUGGAGGUGGUUGCCAAAACUCGAGUACGAUGACCAAAAUUGUUCAGAGUCGUCUCAAUGCAAGAGGUUAAAAUGGUUCCUUCUCAGAGGCCUGGCACUACAUAGAGCUCCGGUUAUAGAAAGCUUGCGUCUCAAGAUAACAAAUCCGUAUUUUAAACCUGACGUUAUGAGACUGAUGGUUGCGUCUGCCGCUUUUCGCAACGUACGUGAGCUGGAUAUUCAUUAUUCUUCUUUUCCCGGAAAGUCAAACAUAUUGCCGAUCAACUUUUAUACCAAGAGAUCUCUGGUGUUUUUGAAACUCGAUGGUGGGAUUUUCUUGGAUAAUCCUGACAUGGUUUGUUUUCACUCUCUCAAAACUUUGCAACUUCAAGGCGUGGCAUACUUCAAUGAAGAAACUCUUCAACGACUUCUAUCUAGUUGCCCUGCUCUUGAAGAACUAUUGGUGGAUAUAUCGGAAGAUGACAAGAUGAGAAAGUUCACUAUUAUUGUCCCAACUUUGCAGCGUUUAUCACUCUAUAUACCCUAUUUCUAUGAUAUAGAUGGGUUUGUGAUAAAAACUCCUUCUCUCAAGUAUUUAAAACUCAAGGACCAUAAUGAUAAGAGUCACUAUUGUUUGAUUGACAAUAUGCCUAACCUGAUCGAGGCAUAUGUCGAUGUGGAAUGCCCUGAUAUCAAGAGUCUUAUUGGAUCAAUCACAUCCGUCAAGCGUCUUACAAUAUGUUCAGAGGCUCUGUAUGGUGAAGGUUUUGUCUUUAGACAACUUGAACAUCUGAAGCAAUGUAGAUGCAAAGAGUUUUCGUCGAAACUACUUGUCUCGCUGUUGAAUGAUUCUCCUAAAGUACGAGAACUAGAACUUUUCGAAAUGCAUGAUCAUUACUAUAAUGGUAUGAUUAAGUGGAAUCAGCCAGAUACUGUUCCUGGAUGUAUCUUGUCGAGUCUACAAAUUCUCAACUGGUCAGUAUACACAGGAGCACCAGAUGAGAGAAAUCUUGCGGUUUACAUCUUGAAAAAUGCUACUCACUUGAAGACUACAACAAUCUACUCUGAAGAAUGUCAUGUUCCAAAAUUUGAGAUGAUAAAAGAGUUGGCACUUUCUUCCAGAGCUUCAACAACAUGCCAACUCGUGUUUGAUUAA